AUGACGUUCCUCCCGAACUACUUCUUGGUGCUGUGUGGCUGGGUCUUCCUUGCCGGGGUGCCAUUGAACAGCUACGUCCUCCUCAUCACCAGCUGCCAUGUGGAGAGGACGGCCAGCGCAGUGUGGUUCCUCAACCGGGCCGUGUCCGAUUUAAUAUUCACAGUGUGCAUACCCCUCAGACUCACCUUCAUCUUCUUCCUGCAAGUAGACUGGGCCAGGAGGCUGAGCAGCACCAUCACCUCCCUGCACAUGUUCUCCAGCGCCUUUCUCCUCAUGGCCAUCAGCAUCCAUCGCUGCUUCCUCGCCGCACGGCCUGAGUGGGCCCAGAAACGCUGCACGCCCUGCCUGGCCUGCUGGGUGGCUCUGGGCACUUGGGCCCUGUCUGCUGGGUUCAGCUUGCGAUGCGAUGACCUCUGGGAAUCCCUCCUUCCACCUCCCAGCACCAGCAUGAAUUUCCAAGUGGAUCCAGAGAGGGCCAAGACCGCCGUCACCAUCCAGUUCCUGGCCGGGUUUCUGGUCCCAUUAGCCUUGAGCCUGAUCCCAACCUUCUGCGUUAUUCACACUGCCAGGCUGGGCAGGAACCGGCUGAUCCAGGCCACCCAGCCGCUCAAGAUCCUUCUCGGCUUGAUCCCGACCUUUUUCGUCUGCUGGCUGCCCUAUCACGUCUUCUACUUCUUGCAGCUCUCAGCUACGCACUCGUGGACUCUUCUGGAAAUAGAGAGCUCAUUUGCUUGUAUCCUGUCAUAUGUCAACAGCUGCCUCAACCCCUUCUUCUACCUCACCAUGGAGGAAGAGUUUCUGAGAUACUGGCAACGUGCUCGCAACCGCCACACAACCAACCACCCAGGGCUGGAACCGGCCAACUAG